AUGACGGUACAAGCCGCGGUGCCCGACUGGGUGGUGCACCGAGGCGACGACCGUGCAAAGCGGUCGACCAUCUAUAGCCUCAGUGUGCACCCUGAUGGCUCACGCCUCGCGACCGGUGGCCUAGACUCAAAAAUCCGCAUCUGGGCAACCAAGCCCAUCCUCGACGAGAAAGCAGAGGAGAACCAAGACCAACCAAGGCUGCUCAGCACACUUGCGCGGCAUACAGGAGCGGUGCUUUGUGUGCGAUGGUCCCAUUCUGGCCGCUAUGUCGCGUCUGGAUCUGACGAUACCGUCGCACUCAUUUGGGAUUUGGACACGUCAGGGACGGGGAGCGGCCUCGUGUUUGGUUCGUCAGAGACGAAUAUUGAGCACUGGCGUCCCCAUCGCCGACUCCCUGGUCAUGAAAGUGACGUGACGGACGUUGCUUGGUCGCAAAAUGACGCAUACCUCGCGACCGCGGGCUUGGAUUCCCUCGUGCUCGUUUGGUCGGGCGAGACGUUCGAUCGGCUGCGCACGAUUCGGGGACACCACGGCUUUGUCAAAGGGAUCGAUUUCGACCCCCUCGGCCAGUUUCUCGCGAGUAGCAGCGAUGACCGCAGCGUCAAGGUCUGGCGUACCACCGACUGGGGCCUGGAAGCGAGCGUCUGCGCGCCAUUUAAAAACAGCCCGAGCUCGACGUUUUUCCGGCGCGGCUCGUGGACUCCGGACGGGGCCAAUUUUAUUGCAUCCAAUGCGAUGAAUGGCCCUGUGUUUGUCGCGAGCGUCGUGAAACGCUUGCAAUGGUCCGCCGAUUUCUCGCUCGUGGGCCACGAAAAUGCAGUGACUGUGGCCGCUUGCAGUCCGCGCCUUUUCCGCGGCGCACAAGACGGACAGGUCGCCACCGUUGUCGCACUUGGUGCACAAGACCAGAGUGUGAGUGUCUGGAUUACCGGGCAGCCAAGACCUCUGUUUGUAGCACGCGACUUGUUUGACCGGCAUGUGAUGGAUAUGUCCUGGUCCCAAGAUGGGUACACCGUGUAUGCAUGCUCUUCGGACGGGACUGUUGCCGUGCUUCAGUUCAGUGCAGAAGACUUUGGCGAAACACUGCCACAAAAUGAGAUUGCUUCGUUGCGCGCCGCGCAUGGAAUUCCUCAGCCCCGUGCCCUUGCACCACUUCCCGCAACGAUUGAGCGCCCCAACACGCUCCCAAUCCGCCGCAAAGACACACCCGAGCUACGCCUCACCCAGCAGAUUACACGCAACGCAGACGGCAAACGACGGAUCCGACCGACACUCUUGGCUGGGUCUGGGGACGUGGCCAGCUCGUUUGCCGAGACGCACGCAGAGUUGCCGCUGGACAAAAACGUGCGUGUGCUGGGCGCUGGAAUGCGCCCCGCGCCAGAGACCAACUCGCCGCUGUCGCUUCGCGCGCGCUCCGCGCCCAGCGUACUCUCCUCGGUGCGCGUGCCUUGCAUCCAUGGCACCGUCGAUGCGCGCAACUAUUUGGAGAAAGCAAGCGAAAUCGCACUUUUGGACAGAGCCGAUCGCGUCCGAUGGCUCGAUUUUGUACCCGCGCCGGCAAUUUGUGCGUCUGGGAGUGCAUCGCACGUCGCUGUCGGGCUUUCGGACAACACGGUGCUCUGGUACGCUGUGGGGGGGCGGCGUAUGUGCACCAUGGUGCUCACAGCGCCGCCUUUAUACAUGGCUUCGCACCAAUCUGUGCUUGCAGUGCUCACCCAAGACGGUACGCUCCGCCGCUGGGACACGGCGGCUGGGACAGAGACGGCCGAUGCGGUGCGGCUGCCAGUCCAAACGAUGAACAGUAUCGAGCGGCUCGAUGUGCACUCAAAUGGCACUCCGAUCCUGUUCGGAGCAGAGCACGUAUUCGCUAUGGAUCCUGCUCGCGGUGUGCUGAUGACCAUUGCAUCCUCUUGGAGCGCCCAGCAUAGCACCGCAAGCAAGCAGCUACUCACAGCGACACUGGCCAGCGAGCCCGUCCGCUUUGUGGAAAAUCAUGUGAUAUCGGCUGCACAGGACCGUGCUGCGUCCGAGCAUCCGGACCUCGCGCUUGCUGCGACGCUGCGGCAUCUCGAUAUGCGCAUUGGCGCCGCAGAAUUACUCGAGAGCGGCGCCGAGUACCGCCAGGCGGUGCUUGCGCUAGCGCGCGAGUUGACCAGUGCAGGCAUACUCACACAGGCGGAAGAUCUUGCCACAUCGCUGCUGGGACCUAUAUACUACAAGCCUGGUGCGGUAGUGCAAUGGAAACCGAAUGUGUGCGGCAUAGACAAGCGCGAACUGCUUGGCACCGUAUUGGAUAUCAUGCAGCGGAAUAGUGUCUUUGCACAGCCCGUGCAGCGUUUCCGGGAGCACCUGCGCGCCAUCCAAACAUAG